AUGCGUUUUUGUUGCGGUGUGAAGAGGUCCACAUCUUCAUGGACUUCCUAUUCCUACUUCCGAUUGACGGUUUCAAGAAGACGAUUAGAGAAGUACUUAUUUGCAGCGGAACGAUUUCAGGAAUGCAAGUCAUUGGGAACUGUGAAGAUCAAUCAUCUCUCGUGUUCAAGAAGCAAUGGGUUCGAUGAUGUUCAUGCGGCAGUAAUGAUACUGUCAGGAUGUGUGACGCGAAAGAAAAGCAAUUAUACGUUGGUUAAAGAUGCCGACAUACCUAAUAUUGGCAAUGUUCCACAACGUUCAACAAAGAAGCCAGCACAAGGAUGGGGUGACCAUAAUGAUGACACGCUUAAGAAUGUUGCAACGUUGCCCCAUUCGAAGAGUGGUACCAAGCAAUGA